AGUAUGUCUGUUGUUAACGAAUUCUGAACGCGCCCACAGUACCUUGCAAUCGAUCGAAGGCCGCUUUAACAUCAACCAAACGCAAAACUCGUCCCAGUUUUAGGGAACGAACCGAAGGGAAAGCAAGAGAGAUAGAAAGGGAGGUCAGCCUAUAAUGUUCCAUCUCUUGUCGAUUCCAUGUUUGUAGCAGUGAAUUCAUACACUAUGGAGAAUGGUUAAACCGUGUUGCUGAUUUAAUAGAUAAUGAAAUAUGAAUGCGUUAUUUCUAAGGAUUCACCAUUGGUAUAGGUCUAGACUAUAGCAUAUGGAUUUAAUUAAAAAAAAUGAAUGGUUGGAAAAUGGUUGUCAUGGUAAACCGAAAACGUGAUUCAUUGAUGACAGCAAUCAGCAAUGUCGAUAACAAAAAAUAAAAAUAGUCUAAGUCGAGGAAGCUGAUUCCUCAAAACAAGGAACGGCGACAUUAAGAGAUAGGAACUAUUUCCUAUCUCUUCCACCCGACCGGCCCUUACCAACACAAUGCAUGGAUCUAUUCAAGUUGUUAAAGUUUUGGUUUUAGGAUUUUUUCUAAUCGUGGAAAUUGUGGGCAAGCACUUCACUGACCUAUGGGCCGUACACGUAAAGGGUGGCGAGGAGAUCGCCCAAGCUGUAGCAGAGCGUCAUGGAUUUAUAUACAAAGGGCAGAUUAUGCCAGACUACUAUCAUUUUCAACACAGAAAAGUAGCCAAGCGGUCUGCUUAUGCCAGUACUCAUUAUCAUCAACCAUUAACAGAAGAUAGUGAUAUUUUAUGGGUAGAGCAACAGGUAGCAAAGAGUAGACAGAAGCGCAGUGUCAUUAAUCAGCGCUUCAAUGAUCCAAAAUGGCCACUUAUGUGGUAUUUGAAUCGCGGUGGAGGCUUGGAUAUGAAUGUACGCAAGGCUUGGGAUAUGGGCUAUACAGGCAAAGGAGUGGUAGUGACAAUAUUAGACGACGGUAUAGAGAAAGAUCACCCAGAUCUAACUAAAAAUUACGAUGCAAAUGCCAGCUUCGACGUGAACGGCCACGAUCCAGACCCCCAGCCUCGAUACGAUUUUUCCAACGAGAAUAGGCAUGGCACCAGAUGUGCAGGAGAAGUGGCCGCUCAAGCUGACAAUAAUAUCUGCAGUGUUGGAGUGGCUUAUAACGCUAGGAUUGGAGGGGUGAGAAUGUUGGAUGGUGAUGUAACAGACUCGGUGGAAGCUCAGUCUCUGAGUUUAAAUCCACAACAUAUCCACAUUUAUAGUGCAAGCUGGGGUCCGGAUGAUGACGGGAGAACUGUGGAUGGACCAGCUACAUUAGCUAGAAAAGCAUUUUAUGAUGGCAUUACCAAGGGUCGUGGAGGCUUGGGUUCAAUCUUUGUGUGGGCCAGUGGUAAUGGUGGACGUGAUUUUGAUAACUGCAACUGUGAUGGCUACACCAACAGCAUUUACACCUUGUCCAUAAGCAGUGUGACUGAGAAGGGUGACAUACCUUGGUAUUCUGAAGCCUGUUCUUCAACUCUGGCUACCACCUACAGCAGUGGCUCUGGAGUAGAGAAACAGAUUGUGACAACAGACCUUCGUAAGAGUUGUACAGAGACACACACUGGUACAUCUGCUAGUGCUCCCCUGGCUGCUGGCCUAAUAGCAUUAGCCUUGGAGGCAAACCCGAUGUUAACUUGGCGUGACAUGCAACACAUUGUAAUUGAGACAUCCAAAAGUGAAAACCUGGGUACUCGUGAAGACUGGGCUAGUAAUGGAGUUGGAAAGAAUGUUAGUCACUCAUUUGGAUUUGGAUUAAUGGAUGCAGCAGCUAUGGUUUCUUUGGCACGCAACUGGACCACAGUGCCAGCACAACACAUUUGUGAGAUUCGUUCCUAUGAGCACAAUAGCCGGCCUAUACCACAGAAUGGAAGAAUGUCUGUCAACCUUUAUACAGAUGGCUGUGAAGGGACUCAAAACCAUGUCAAGUAUUUGGAGCACGUACAAGCCCGCAUAACAAUGACAUCAAUACGUAGGGGAGAAACUCGUAUAUUUCUGACAUCCCCAUCAUCAACAGUCUCCACACUGUUGGCAAGGCGAACACGGGAUCAAUCGCGUGAAGGCUUUAACAACUGGGCUUUUAUGACAACCCACAACUGGGGAGAACCUGCCAAAGGACAGUGGAAGCUUGAGAUAGAAACUAGUGCUGUCAGUAUACGCAAUAUCAAGCUACGGGACUGGGUCCUGGUUCUAUAUGGCACCGACUCACCCCCACGAAAGAGCCCUACGUCAGUUCGUAGUCCACAUUUUGACUAUGGCCAAUACUACCCUGAAAAGGCUCCAGAGAACAGGAACCUGCCUCCAGUUGAUGAAUAUAACGUAGAUAGUGAAGAAGAUUAUUAUGAAAACCCACCAACAACAACAACUACCACAACUACAACCACCAGCAACUAUUUUCAAAGGAAUCAUCAUUUUUUCCAGCACACGGAGAAAACAAAUCAUCACAAUAUCCACGCGUCCACCAGUCAGCGUAAGAAUAAGGAUAACUAUUUUUGGGAUGCCCCAUCUUAUGUUACUAACUAUGCACCUUUGCCUGACUCACAGCAUCGUCAAAGUCACCCAGAGCAUACUUGCAUAUAUGAAACACUAGCCAAAAAGUCCAACUUAUCCUCUACUCAGUACAUGCGCAAGAAACGUCCCCAACUAACCCCAGCUGAACUUAAAGAGUGGACACUGGUGAUGAUGGGAACAUCUACUCACAAUAUGAAGCGCAAUCAUUCUCAAGUUGGCAAUAACUUUUCCUUUCUCUGUGCGGGAGUCAUGUCUAAUGGCAUUUGUAUAGAAUGCAAGCCUGGCUUCUUUAAAAUGGGAGAAACGUGUCUAUCAGACUGCCCUCAGCAUUAUUACGGCUAUGUCCAAGCAGUACAGCUGGCUGGUCCAAACAGAUCCAACUACUCCAAAUCUGUCUUACAUACUCAUACGCAAGGUGUGUGCAAGCCUUGCCAUGAGUCUUGUCUGACUUGUAAGGGCUCUAUGGCCAGUGAUUGCUUCCAAUGUGCCUCCGGGUUUGAGUGGAGAGGAAAUAAGCAAUGUGAGAAGAAGAUGAUCUGGGACUUGCUGGACCCUGAUGUGAUGAAACAUUUAGCAUGGGCCAUUAUCCUUUGUAUUGCUGCUAUUUUGUUAUUUAGUGUUAUUUUUGGUAUUUUACAAGCCAGAGAGAGGGGCCGCCUAUGCUGGAAAAGUAAACCCAAUUAUGUGCCAGACUGGGGCAAAGGUCACUAUGAUGGAGUCACACCAAACUUUGCAUUGCAUGACAGUGAUAAUGAAGCUGAAUUCUCUCCCCCUGCCAAAACUCAGACACUUUUCCCAGCAAGUUUGGGCUUCAAACAUCACCAUUGUCAUACUAGAGUUGGCCAAAAUGUUUGACACAACUAGAGUUGGCCAAAAUGUUUGACACAACUAGAGUUGGCCAAAAUGUUUGACACAACUAGAGUUGGCCAAAAUGUUUGACACAACUAGAGUUGGCCAAAAUGUUUGACACAACUAGAGUUGGCCAAAAUGUUCAACAAAUUUGGCUGUCCGGCAUGUGCUAUACAAAGCUAGCUGAAAAAGUCAGUGCUCAAGUGAACCUUUCACAAAAAACUCUCACUAUUCAACUGCUAGUUUAGUUUCUGCAUGCCUUUUAAGAAUAUUAAUUAUAGGAAAAAUUGUUGUUAUAACCCAUGAAGUGAUUCAAAUUUUCUUUGGUGGAUUCCGAAAAAAUUGUAUAGUUAGGUAAACAUCAAAACUGGGUGGACUCGGGGGGGGGGGGGAUUCUUAAGUUAGGUACACAUUAGAGCCAGGUGGACUUAGUGUGGGCAUUCUUAUGUUAGAGCUGGGUGGACAUUCUAUGGUUAGGUACACAACAGAGCUGGGUGGACAUUCUAUAGUUAGGUACACAACAGAGCUGGGUGGACAUUCUAUAGUUAGGUACACAACAGAGCUGGGUGGACAUUCUAUAGUUAGGUACACAACAG